CAAUGCGUCGACGCUCGAGUCAGGCCGCGCUGUGCUUCAUACCGUCGCACGUUUUCAAAACAAACCUGCCUUUCAAUUGUUUCAAUCUGAAAAAUUCAUUACAAAACGAUCAAACAGUACGCAAUAUUCACAAACAACGGGUGAUCGAGGCAUAGUAUCGUGAACACGUCGAAACGGUACAAUUUUAUAGGAAUGUGUGGUCGAAAAAUGUUUUUAGUGUUGUGUUACGUCUAGUGAUACUGUCAUAUGGUGCUUGAUAAUUGCGAUGAUGCCGUUCUGUAAAACUUUUUGUUUUUCAACAAUGAUAGCAAUAACGAUAGCUCUACAAUUUCCUGGGAAUCCUAAUUCAGAAAUGUCGGCGGAUGAAAGAAAUAUGUCUAGAAUAAAUAAAACAAUCGAUCAAUCUGAUGAAAGUGGCCACGAAAUUGAAAUAGAUGGAGACGAAACGAGAGACAAAAAAUUUUUAGACUUCGCUAUGAAAACUGUUUUAGACCCAGAUACGAUAAUUAUAAAAAAUGACGAUGUAAUAGAAAAUUUUAAAAUUCAAACAGAAGAGAUAGAUAAGGAAAAUGCUACAUUAGAAACUUUUAUGGAUGAAAUGGAUAAAUUAAGUCUUGAUGUGUGCAAAACAUCUCAAGAAGCAUUGUGGGCGUAUGUUACGGAUACCAAUAAUGAAUUUAAGAAAAAUAAAAUGGUAAGUAUAGCUGCCGAGGAAGACGAAAUUAAGAAGCAGUAUUGGACGAUAAUAAAACGGAAGUAUUUAAUCGAAGCGCAGGAUACUAACGAUCUAAGGCUUAAGAGAAAACUUAGAAUUAUCAAAGAAAGGGGAACAAAUGUUCAAAUGCCUCAAAGUAAACAACGUGAAGAAAUAGAUACUAUGCAACGCAUAUGGAGUCGAGUGACAGUUUGUGCGUAUAAUGCUACUGUUUGUAAUACUGAAGAAACUUCACAAACCAUGAAUGAUGUCAUAUCUAUAUUUAAGUCCAGCAAUGACUCUAAAGAACUAAAAUAUUACUGGAAAGCAUAUAGAGAUGCUACGGGGAAGAAAGUGAGACCAAUAUUCAAAGAUUACGUUGAUCGAAUGAAUACUGUAGCAGAAUCAGAGAAUUUUCGAGACGCUGGUGAAAUGUGGAGAUACAAUUUCGAAGAUGACGACUUUAUUAAUACUGUUGUGGAACUGUGGAAAGAAGUCAAACCUCUUUAUGAUUUACUCCAUCGUUACGUCAGGGUCAAAUUAAAAUCUGUUUAUAGCGAUGAUUUACAAAAUGAUAACAGAUUAAUUCCUGCACAUAUUUUAGGAAAUUUGUGGGCUCAAGAAUGGCAGGCGAUAUAUCCGUUGGUUGCAUUAUAUCCUGAUGUAGAACGAGCACAAAUAGCAAGGAAUCACAGCGUUUCUGCUAAAAAAUUAUUUGACACCGUGGACAACUUUCACCGAUCCAUAGGAUUUGAGAGCGCUAGUGAUUCUUAUCAAGAUAUUAAGGAAAUACCAACAACGGCCAACUGUCUUCCAUCAAGCCAUGAUAUGUGUGAUGGUAUAAAUUAUAAAAUAAAAUGGUGUGGAGAGAAAGUAACAGACGUAACAGUUGGUUUGUCACGAGCGGCAAGGUUAUUAGGUCACGUGCAAUAUUUUCGACAUUACAGAGACCUACAGCCAUUAUUUAGAGAUGGGCCUAAUCCAGCGUUUCACGAUGCCAUAUCUGACAUUGUUGCGGUGCAGUUGACCUCUCCCCACCAAAUGAGGACCUUGGAGUUUGUUGAGAUGGAUGAAUGUCCUGAGGCAACCAUGAACCAUCUGCUAUGGCUCGCAUUGGAGAAGCUUCCAUUGAUGGGAUAUGCCUUUGUUCUGGAUAAAUGGCGGUGGGACGUGUUUGCGAAUAGCAGUAUGGAAAAUUUAAAUGAACAUUGGUGGAACCUCAGGAUAGCGGAGACAAUGAUAUCCCCACCAGUUCCCCGAAACGAGAGUGACCUGGAUCCAGCUUCGAAGUACCACGUUGUAUCACAUGUUCAGUAUAUGACGUACCUCGUUUCGCAUAUCUUAGAGUUUCAAAUUCUACGAGCCAUAUGCAAAAGAGUGAACCACACAGGACCACUGCACGAAUGCUCUAUACACGGUGAAAAGGAAGCAGGAAAACUGCUCAGUGAUGGCAUGUCGUUAGGAGCAAGUGAAGAUUGGAGAACAGUGCUUCAAACAAUGACAGGAGAAACUAAACUAUCCACAGCAGGAAUUCUCGAAUAUUUUUCAACACUCCAAACUUUACUAGAUGCAGAAACGGCUAGACUUGAAAAUUUAAGCGAGGACAUGGACAAAAGCGCACCGAUAGUCGUGGGAAUUAUUGUUAUAAUUUUAACAUUUUUGAUGGUUUUGCUCUAUUGUAUAAGAAAACGUGACAUUCUCAAUAGAAUGUUCGCUUUUUGUGGUCUAAGAAAGAAUGGCUCUUUAGAUAUAGUUACAAAUGAAAUAUCACACUCAAAAUCCAAUGAAGUUGAGGGAAUCAGUGAGGACAAAGUAUAAAUACCACCGUUAUCUGUAAUGAAAUUAAUAAUAAUUCAAUUUAUGAAUGCAUUUUUUUAUUGCUGCAAUAUGUAUUGAAAAUUAGCUUUUAAAUUAUAGGUACCAUAUCAUUUUUGUACUGUUAGCUAGAUGUGUCUAAUAUAACAUUGAC